AUGUUCGACGAUAAUUCUGAAGGCUGGAAAGAUGCCAACCAAGACAGCUUCAAGUUCUACGACCCAUCCACCGACACCUUCACCUCAUCCGCCCCAGAAGGCGUACCCGCAUUCCUGUCCGCUUCGUCUAUAGCGUACGGCGCCGACGUAGACAAGGAGAUCCUCUGGCCCGAACAGCAAGAAGAACAACAGCUGGACCCGGAGGAGGUUGUUGAGGCCAGGCAGCGUGUAGCGCCCCUGACUACCUAUUGGGCGGAAGAGGUCGGGCGGGUUAGAGAAGCGGCGGGGAUAGUUGCUCAGAAUCCGGUGAUACAGCGGCAGCUGUCGUAUUUGCGUAGUCGUCCUUCAAGGUGGGUCUUCUUUUUGGCACGUCCCAAUCAGUAUCUGUGCGUAGAUUGGAUGCGAAAAGGAUCAGAGUGGAACCGAAAGUUCGUCAGCGACUAUCGAGACAGCCGACCGAGUGUCAAUUUCACCCUCGUUGAUGUUACACAGUUUAAUUUCUGGAACAGUCGUGCGAAGCUCGCGGCUUGGGCCAUUUGCCGCGAUAGUCUGGGCACCAGCGUACCGGACACGGUCAUGGCACGUAUGACUGAAAGCAAAGCCGAUUUCGAUGACAGCGUUUCAGAGCUAAACAUAGAGGGAGUUCCGGAACUAAAGCCAAACAAUUUACCGGAGGCCGCGCCUGUCAGGACAAUAGUUGAAUCCAUGGAUCUCAACCAAGGUACACUUCGGGACAUUCAGGAAGGCGCCCUUGAAGUUGUCACUGUGCAGCAGCUGGAGGAGACGCGAGAUGGCAAUGCCACGGCCAGAAGACAGUACCAUGAAGAAGGAUGGGCUGAUCUCAAUCCAGAUUUCCAGAGGUUGGUAGGUUCGUGGAGUGAAUCUUUGGAAGCGUUGCGAAGUGCUAAUAUGACUGGGCUCCCGCCCCCGUUGUAG